AUGGCCUUGCAUACCUUGAUGAUCUAUCAGGUGACGAGAAGUCACCUGUUCGAGGGCUUGCGAUAUAUAGAUCGCGACGAGGCCGGGUGCAGCAAGGGGACGGGAGGCCAGAGAGACCGGCCUGGCGGAUGUCUGGAUAGAGAGACGCAGCUGGACGAUGAGCAGAAGCCGUCGACGGACGAGAGAGCGAGAAGAAGCGGAAGACGAAGAGAGCGAGAGAGAGAGAGCGAAGGGAAAACUCACGUGGCGAGGCUAGGGCACGCUGCACACGCCACUUGCGCACUUUUGGACAGGACAGGACAGGCAGAAGUGAUAGGUGAUGGUGAUGAUGGUGAUGAAGAUGAAGAUGAAGAUGAUGAAGGUUAUGCAGAGAUGACUUCCUGCAUCUGCUGUCAGACUGAGGCCGCAGACGUGGUCUGGAGUCUCGUUAGAGUGUUGGCUGGUGAAGUAGAAAGCCGAGUAGCUACUGGUCGAGGAUGGUGA